CUUCGCCGCUUCCCCAAUCUUUGAUUCUCUUCUCUCGUGUUGCCCUCUCUCUUCGUCUCGCGCUGUGGUCUCGCUCUUCCUCCCUCCCUUCCUCGAGCGCGGUUUGGACAUGGCGGCGGCGCAGGCGGUCGCGAAGGGCAGCGUGGUGUCGCCGUGCGGCAGCAGGGCCGCGCCGGGGCUCCUGAGUCGGCGGAGGGGCGCCGUGGCGACGCGGAUGGCGCCGUCGGCGGUGCGGAUCGGGGGCUCCUGGAGGAAGACCGCGUUCCUCGGCGGUAGGCUGGCGGUCGGGCCGAGGAGAUCCAGGUCCGCGUCCCGGACCCUCGUCGCGUCGCCGGUGCAGAUGAACAUGAACCUUGCGAUUGGGAAAUCCAUGAGGUGGUGGGAGAAGGGGCUGCAGCCCAACAUGCGGGAGAUCGAGUCCGCCCAGGAUCUCGUCGAUUCCUUGACCAACGCCGGCGACAGACUCGUCAUCGUGGACUUCUUCUCCCCCGGCUGCGGCGGUUGCCGUGCUCUUCACCCCAAGAUUUGCCAGUUUGCGGAGCAGAACCCGGAUGUGCUGUUCUUGCAAGUGAACCAUGAGGAGCACAAGUCUAUGUGCUACAGCCUCCAUGUCCACGUCCUCCCAUUCUUCAGGUUCUACAGGGGAGCUCAGGGACGGCUCUGCAGCUUCAGUUGUACCAACGCAACUAUCAAGAAGUUCAAGGAUGCACUUGCAAAGCACAAACCGGAUAGAUGUAGCAUUGGCCCAACUAGAGGGCUGGAGGAAUCAGAGUUAUUAGCAUUGGCUGCAAACAAGGACUUGCAGUUCACCUACACCAAGAAGCCAGAACUGAUCCCCAGCGGAGAUGCUGCUGCUGAGGUCAUUGCUCCCGAGCCUACAAAGCUUCCUGCGGCAACAAAGCCGUCGGUCAAGAUAGGGUCCGAGGAGAGGUCUUGGUCUCAUCAGGAAGAUGAGAUGAAUGACCUCUAGUGUGGUGGUGGUUUGUGAUGUGUACAGGUUGUAGCUUCUCAUGGUAGUAGAGCGCAGGCUAAGAUUUUUACUUGUGAAGCCUGCCCGCCUGAGCUCGGUUGUGUUAGCAAUAGCAGGGUGUUGCUGUGGAGCUAUGCCUUCGGGGAAUUGUAUGGUAGUUGUAUGAAUGAAUUCGUCUGCAUGCUAUUUGGCUCCAUAUUAUAAAUCAUGUGGGUGAGUUCCUUCUCUUUUCAUUUCUCCCUCAACCUCAGGAUGUUGUAUGGGUGUAUUUUGCGAAGCUCCAUAAUCAACCAUGUAUGUUGUGGCA